GAAGUCCGAGCGUGUGUGCGUGUGUGGUGGGAAUCCAUGCACGGGGGUGACACGGAACUUCGGGCAGGGGGCGCGUUAAGCAGGAAGGGGGUCCCCUGUCCCUCCCUGGGGCGGGUCCCCUGAUUUUCCUGGGCUUUUUCCUCCUCCUCUUGCUUGCUGUCACAUUCCUGCCGCUUGAGUCAGGCCUGGAGGCGGCGGAGGCAGCGGCGGGCUGCUUGCUGCACCAGGAAGCGCAGGGCCCGCACCAUGUAACCAAAGCGAAGGAAGGAGGAGGAGGAGGAGGAGAGCGCGAGAGGAGGGCAAGGAAGGGAGCAAGGAGAAGCCGGCCUGGCCAUGGGGGACGGCGGAGCCGAGGAGGAGAUGGUGGAGCUGCCUCUCACUGACGCAAACUUGACAGGCCAUGAGGAGAAAGUUGGCAUGGAGAAUUUUGAACUACUCAAGGUCCUAGGCACCGGAGCCUAUGGAAAGGUGUUCCUGGUUCGCAAGCUCAGCGGUCACGAUGCCGGCAAGCUGUAUGCUAUGAAGGUGCUGCGCAAAGCGGCCAUUGUCACCAAGGCCAAGACAACAGAGCACACGCGCACUGAGCGGAUGGUUCUGGAACAUGUGCGCCAGUCGCCCUUCCUUGUGACGCUCCACUACGCCUUCCAAACAGACUCCAAGCUUCACCUUAUCCUAGACUACGUGAGCGGUGGGGAGCUGUUCACCCACUUGUACCAACGGGACCACUUCUCCGAGGACGAGGUGCGGUUUUACAGUGGGGAGAUCAUUUUGGCGCUUGAACACUUGCAUAAGCUCGGCAUCAUCUACCGCGAUGUGAAGCUGGAGAACAUCUUACUGGACAGCGAGGGACAUGUGGUGCUUACGGACUUCGGGCUGAGCAAGGAAUUUGUGACUGAGGAUAAAGAAAGGACCUUCUCCUUUUGUGGCACCAUUGAAUACAUGGCCCCAGAGAUUGUCCGAAGCAAAAGUGGACACGGCAAGUCUGUGGACUGGUGGAGUUUGGGCAUCCUGAUGUUUGAGCUGCUAACAGGUGCCUCACCCUUCACGCUGGAGGGGGAAAAGAACUCGCAGGCCGAGGUGUCCAGGCGGAUCCUGAAAUGCAACCCUCCGUUUCCGUCGCUCAUUGGCUCCGUGGCUCGCGACCUGCUCCAAAAGCUGUUGUGCAAGGAGCCCAAGAAGCGCCUGGGCUCGGGGCCCACUGGAGCGCAGGAGAUCAAAGAGCACCCCUUUUUCAAGGGUCUGGACUGGACAGAGCUAGCGGCGCGCACAGUGAAGCCCCCCUUCAAGCCCCUCAUCCGCAGUGAGCUAGACGUGCGAAACUUUGCCGAGGAAUUCACCAGCUUGGAGCCCAUCUACUCCCCCGCCGGAACUCCUCCCAGCCUCGAACGUUUCUUCCAUGGAUACUCCUUCAUUGCUCCUUCCAUCCUCUUCAACCGCAACGCUGUGACAGCUGAUGUUCUGGAAGCGGCACUGGGUGGGGAGCGCCCAGGAAGCGCUGCUGUGGCCCGCAGUGCAAUGAUGAAGGAUUCUUCGUUCUUCCAAAAGUAUGAGAUGGACUUGAAAGAGACGCCGCUGGGUGAGGGCAGCUUCUCCUUGUGCCGCCGCUGCCGGCAGCGCCAGAAUGGGGCAGAAUUCGCCGUCAAGAUAAUCAGCAAAAGGAUGGAAGUGAACACACAGCGCGAAGUGGCUGCCUUGCAGAUCUGCGAAGCCCACCCGAACAUCGUCAAGUUGCACGACGUCCAUAAUGACCAGUACCACACGUACCUGGUGAUGGAAUUGCUCCGGGGCGGGGAGCUCUUUGACCGCAUCAAGAAGAAGCAGCACUUUAGCGAGUCGGAAGCCAGCCAGAUCAUGCGCAGCCUGGUCUCCGCCAUCAGCUUCAUGCACGACGCCGGGGUAGUGCACCGCGACCUCAAGCCUGAGAAUAUCCUGUACGCGGACGAGUCGGAAGGAGCUCCCGUGAAGGUGAUUGACUUUGGCUUUGCCCGCCUGCGCCCCCAGAACUCUCAGCCUAUGCAGACCCCCUGCUUCACUCUGCAGUAUGCCGCACCUGAACUCUUGCAGGAUGGGGGCUAUGAUGAGUCCUGCGACCUCUGGAGCUUGGGGGUUAUCUUGUAUACCAUGCUCUCUGGGCAGGUCCCCUUCCACAGCAGUCAGGAAGGGAGCGCAGCGAACCAUGCAGCCGAGAUCAUGCACAAGAUCAAGGAGGGACAAUUCUCCCUGGAAGGCGAGGCCUGGAAGAACGUUUCUGAAGAGGCAAAGGAGCUGGUUAGAGGCCUCCUCACAGUGGAUCCUGUCAAGCGACUGAAGAUGUCGAGUUUGCGCUACAGCGACUGGCUCCAAGAUGGAAGUGCCCUCUCUUCCACACCUCUCAUGACUCCGGACAUUCUGGAGAGCUCAGGGCCUGCCGUGCGAACUGGCGUCAACGUUGCUUUUAUGGCCUUUAACAAGGGCAAGCGUGAAGGCUUUUUCCUGAAGAGCGUGGAGCACGCCCCCCUUGCCAAGCGACGCAAACUGAAAAUGUCAAGCACUGGCGCCGAAGCCCGUCGCAGCAGCAGCAGCAGCUCCUCCUCUUCCUCUUCCUCCUCCUCCGCGACUUCUUCUCGCCCCCACAAAGCCAAGGUUCCCAGAGUUUGCCACGACCCUCCCUCAUAGCACCCCGGGGAGACGAGGUGCAUCGCUUGGUCAGGAGGGAAGUGGGUAUUUAUUGUCUAUGUUGCUGUUGAGGGAGGAAGCCCCCUCCCUCCACCCCCACCCCCACCUUCAUUCAUGAUGGGGUCUGUUUUGUUGUCCAAAGUGGCCCACGUAUUUCGGAGGAAAACUCUCUCUGCGGGGAAAGAUUUGCAGCCCCCACCCCCUGCCCAAAGGAUGACUCCUUGUGUUUCUUGCAGGGCACGCAGUUGCUGUAGUGAGAACAAGGAGACCAUAAGGCAGCCCCGUAAGAAGGCACCACACCUUUUUAAAUACCAAAUCUGUGUUCCCUUUCUGAUGGUUCAGGGCCUGCCAUCCCAUUGCAAAGGCGGGGCCAGGAGAGGUUGGGUUGUAUGUGCAGGUUUUUUUUUACAUUGAUCAAGCGGAGGCCAUGUGGAGGUGAUGCCUUUCCAUCCCAGCCCUCCCCCUGAAAGCACAAGAGGGGCUGGUCCCUUUUCCUGAGGGACUGGAGUCAGGUGAUUUAAGGUCAGGGGUUACAAUUGAAGAGGAACCCAGCCAAAAACAGCUGAGCUAUUUUCAUUAACUUCAUCAUGGCUUUUGUAAGACGUGGAUUUGCCUCCCUUGAGUCCAAAGCUAUGUAUCGGGGGAGGGUGUGUGUAGACAUUUUCUCCUGGGAAAGGCUGCUAAAAUACAGCAAAAAACAAACAGGAAGGUUUUUUUUCUGGCACACAGCUGAGUGCCAAGGAAAAUUUUCGGCACCUCCUGCUAUUGUUAAACGAGAGAGGGUGGUCUCUAACAUUAGUAAAUGCACAGAGCAGACCCACUGAAAUGAAUGGGCAUGCUAACUUGGGAACACUUUUUUCAAUGGGUCUACUUGGGAAUACAACCCAAAGGAGCAGGGCCAUGCUGAAAGUAGUCUCAAGACAGGGAACGAGGGCUUAGUAUCGCAGGGAUGGGGCAGGCAGAAUCACUCACCACUUUAUUUAAUAUAGGAUGCACCGUGGAUGCAAAUGGGUUAACAAGCCAAAUAGGAACCUCUACAGAAAUGCGGGGUAGGGGGUGGGAGGAGAUGUCUUCUGAGGGAUUUUCCCAAAUUUCUGAUAAUGUGAGGCAAAAAGGGUCUUUGGUUUUUGCCUUACAAUGACAGCAGAAUCUACUGUGCUGGGAGAUUCUGUAUAUUAAAGCUCAGGCACUUCAGGAAACAAAAAUGGGAUGAGCGGGUGGGGAUGUUGAGGGGGAGAGAGAGAGUAUAUUUUUAGAGAGAAAUAUCUGUAUGUUUAUUUAAAAAAAUGCUGCAGGCAGGCUUGAGGGGUGGAGUUUGUGUGAUAACACACUUGAAUUUAGCAGUGGGAAGGGAGAAAAUCAAUCUCUCUCUCAGCUUCAGAAAUCUGUCCCAUCUCCUUGUUCACUUAAGAGGUAGAACAAGAAAAAAUGUAGAAAGAUGGGGAAGGAACUUCAUCACAUUGUUAAAUCCAAUUCUGUUAACACAUUGUAACUGCACUGGGAAUCAGAUUUUAGUUAGAACCAGUUACUUCCCACUUUUUAAGACAGACAAAAUGGAAGUGUUGAAUUUUGCUCACUUCUAAUUUGAGAGCAGGACCCUGAUUGCAUUAGCUUGGAUAGGAUCAUUAAACAGAAAUUUAGAACUUCGCUCAUCACAACUUGGAAGUUUGCACAGAGAUCCCAUUUCCAAAAUUCAGAUUUAUUUUUUUACUACAAAGACCCACCCCAUCUGUAACUGUAUAAAUGUGAAAGUCAUGUUGCAACAUUUGAAGUUUUUAAGCAGAGGUUGGAUGUCCAUACGUCACUGAUGCUUUAGUUGAGAUUUCUGCAUUGCAGGUGGGUAGGAGAUGACCCUGAGGGCCCCUUCCAACUCUACAAUUCUAUGAUUAAUUUGUGGGGUUUUUGUAACCCCAUUUUGCUUACACUACUGUUGCAGAAAGCUUAUGUUCAAAUUUUGUCAAAAGUCCAAGCUUUUAAAAGCACGUGUUUUCGUACAUGUUUGUGGAGCACUGGGAAUAGGGGUGUAGAGGGAUUCUAAUUACCUACAUUUGUUAAUCAGAUUAAGGGGGGAUGACUGAAACCUGAAGUCAGCCAAUGACUCUGGAGAUUCAGAGCAGAUAAAAUGGAGGACUGGUUUAAAAGGUGCGGAAUUAACUAUGGAACUCACAGCCAUAGUUGAUGGCCACCAAUUUGGAUGGCUUUAAAAGGGGGACAAGGCUAUCAAUGGCUACUAAUCCUAGUGCCUGUAUACUACCUCCCAGCUCAAAGGCACCAUGCUUCUGAAUAAUGGGAGGGAAAACAGCAGAAGACUGCUGUCCUCAUUUCCUGCUUGUGGGUUCCCCAUAGGCAUCUGCCUGGCCACUGUGAGAAUGGAAUGCUGGACUAGAUAGGGCUUUGGCCUGAUCCAGCAGGUUCUUAAAGAUGCAGAACUGUGUUAAGGUGGUAAUCACUAUUGAGGCCCAGAUCUAAGAAAUUCUAGUAUAUAGCAAGUGUAUGAAUAGAAAGGCAUGUGUAUGCGUCUGUCUAGAUUAUCUAAUCUGGAAUGAAAAUGUUAUUGUAGUAAAAUAAUAUGCCAGAAUGCCCUGAAAUAAGAGGAAAGGGGAGAAUUAGGUUUAGACAGCAAUCUUUUACACAUUUACAUAGAAGGAAGUCUCAUUGAAACAAUAGCACUUGCUUCUGAGUAGACGUAGAUAGGAGUGCAUUGUUAGUCACUUUAAAGGGAAGUGCAAUUAUAGAGAUAAACUACCUGGUAACUUUGAAGCCAGAGAGGGGGAAAUAAUAGGUUCCUCCCUCGCCAACCCCAAAAAGUGGAAAUUUUGAAAUCUAUUUCAUGGAUUAACUAGCUGUAUCAAUUCAACCCAGGAUAUGCAGUGAGGUCAGCCUUUUAACUAGCUUGAAUUCCCUCAGUAAUUACCUUACAUCCUCAACAGCUGAAGAAAACUGCUCUCACCUCACUAUUUAUAGCUAAUCUAGCUUUGGUGUUAGAAUAUAAAGUCUUCACCUUAAGGGAAAAUAUUUAAACAAAUUCUUUCUUUUCUGUGUUUCACAAAAUUUCCACCCACCCGCCUUUUUUAACUGAUAUUGAGGGGCAGGAAAGUGAAACCACAGAUAAUAUUCCCCCUCAAAAAAAAAAAAAACCCUUUCCCCCUUCCUGGGCAUGAAAAAGUGCAAUUUCUUUUGGAGA